AUGGAACACAUCACAGGCCAGUCGGUAUCCUUGCAAUCGCUCCCUUUCGAGAUCCAGUACUUCAUCAUCCAAUCCCUCGACCCCAUCGCCAUCGUUUCCCUCAGUCAGACUGGCCGUUUUUACCGCCAGCUCAUCAACCCCGGCCGCAGCCAGCAGAUAGAGCGCCUGCUGGCACUUGAAUGCCUCGCCGAGUACGGCGGCGACAGGCCAGCCAUCCUACAUCCGGACAGCGAUGAGGCCGUGGCAGGCCCAGACUGGCACAGAGACGCGUGGCCUGAACAUCAUCGCUGGGCAUGCGCGUGCUGCCUCCGACUUCUCCCCCACAUCCAUUUCAGCAAUCAUUUCCUCCUCAGGCGGCAGUACCGGAAGCCGGGGCUAGGUUCUCCAGAAGCGGCGCCGCUCACAUCAUGGGAGCCUGGGCUAGGGAGGAGGGCAGGUCAGAACGGCCGCCACAGAGACUCCCAACAGCUUGGAUGGGCACGCGGCCGGCGAAAGUGCAACGAGUGCAUGUUCCAGCGAGGGGAGCUCGGGCACACGGUUCAGAGGUGGCUAGGCUAUCCGCACGGCACGCCAGAGGUACCCAUCCAGAUCAGCCGCCGCCUGGCCUUCAAAACCUUGCUUGAUCGCUACUUUCCCGGGCUAGAAGCCAGCCUGGAGAGCGGGCCGCGUCCCUUUCCGUUGCGAAAUAGGAGUAUAUCUCGAGCAGACGUGUUCGAAGAGACUUGGACAAUGUACAUGGUGCGGUGUCCUGGGUGCGAGCACUGGCAGGAGCAGCGGGCGUUCCGGUUCGGGGGCCUUUCCAAGCAUUGGAAGCCGAUGCUCGAUGAGGAUAGACAGCUGAGACGGUACAGGGAGCCACAAACUGAGCCGCCUAUCCGGGUGAUGCUUGACGAGGUGCGCUGCAAUCGCUGUUUUGUCCGAGAGAAUGGUCGUGACGCCCUGGGGAGGAAACUGCUCAGGUUCUUGAGGACGAUGAUCGGGGAGCUGCUUCACCAAGCCGAGACACAGCUGAUACGGGGCUGGUCCUCCGUUAGACAAAAUCAUUUUCCCGAGGAGUAUACGAAGGAGGUUCAGAAAAUGCUGGAAAAAGUUGAUCUCGAGGAGAGGGACUGGUAUGAGGGGGGACAGAAUCUAGAGUGUAUGUCAGAUUCUUGCGUGGCGACCUGGAGGAUGCUCCACGAAGAAUUCAAAACUCUGUGGACGAGUAUGCGGACGCAUGCUGAUUUUGUCGAGGAGGAUUUUCUAGAGGACGCGCAUUUCAUGGCUUGGCUAAAUUGCUAUCACGAAACAGAGGCUAGUUGGCUUUGGCUGAGGGAGGUUAGAUGUGAGGCCGAGAGGAACCCAGAUAUUCUGGUGGCGUGGGCGCUUGGACGAGAUGAUGGUGCGUCGUUGAUGUAG